CUUAUUUUAGUUAUAUACAGCGAUCUUGGUUACAGUGUCGUUGGAAAACUUGGCUCAGUACUUGCGUAGAGCAGUCUCCUGGGGAGAAGCCACACCUGCACAAAACUUCACCAGCAUCCACAAAUGAACAGAUCCUGGCCGCACCGCUGUGUCUCGAAACUCUCUGCGCUGUUGCACGUAGGAAUCGCCACGCGGCAAUCGUCGCCUAGCAACGGCACGAUAUGGCCGAGGCAGAAGCUAAAACUUAUAAACAAGGCGGCGGUGAGCAGCCGUACGCAGACGGCUCGGUCAGCUCUGACUCGAGCGAGUACCCGCCCCCGCCGGACGGUGGCUGGGGCUGGGUCAUCGUGCUAGCAUCGUUUGUCGUGCACUUCAUCUCGGACGGCACGUCGUUUGCGUUCGGCGUGCUCUACGUCGAGAUGCUCGAGCGCUUCGGCGACGGCGGCGGCAAGACGGCGAUCGUCGGCGCCCUCUACGUCUCCGUGCCGCUCAUCGCCGGCCCGCUCGCCGGCGCCGUCGUCGAGCGCUACGGCUGCCGGCGCGCGCUCAUCUUCAGCGGCGUGCUGACCGCCGUCGGCUACGUGCUCAGCAUGUUCGCGACGAGCGUCGAGAUGCUGUGCAUCACGCUCGGCAUCGUCGCGGGCCUCGGCCUCGCGACAGGCUUCGUCGCCGCGAUCGUCGUCAUCGUCUACUACUUUGAGCGGCGGCGCUGCCUCGCGACGGGCCUUGCGACGUGCGGCUCGGGCAUCGGCUGCUUUGCGUUUGCACCGCUCACCAAGCGCCUGCUCGCCGAGUACGGCUUCCGCGGCACGAUGCUCAUCACGGCCGGCCUCUUCCUCAACCUCGUCGUCUGCGGCGCACUGAUGCGCCCCCUGGAGUGGCCGGACGACGACGACGACGAUGACCUCAGUGAGGGCAGCGAGGGUGGGCCACUGCUAGACGGCUGCGGCGUCGACGCGAGAGAACUAACGGCGAUGCUGCCGGAUAGGUUUAGACGGGCUCACGUUAGGUGGCUGAAGGGACAGAUCCUAGUUCCCUGCUUCCCAGCAGACCUGAAGCGUCGCAGCAAGUCCAGCUGUUCGAUGGUUGACCUGCCGGCGGUUUUACCGGCGCGGUUGGAACCUUCUGUCACACAGACACAGUACCAUCCUUCAAAUGAUCUCAAAGAGUAUGUGUCUUCAACAGAUCAUUGUCUAACCAGCGACAUGCAUAGCCAGGAAGAAUAUAAUGCUAGUGGUCCAGCAAUUAAGAAAAGGCAAGAGCGAAGACAGUCUGUUCGUUUUUUUAUGCCAGAUUGUGAAUACAACAGACUUGUUAUGAUGAGUGAAAACCCGGGAACAGCCGGUGCAAGGGAAAUAUUGGAUAGCCACCGUAGUGUUAAACCGUGUGAUGCCAGUCAUUCAUUUACUAGCAGCCCUUCCACUCUUACGCACAGCCAUUCUUGCCAGUCAAAGUUUGAUACUGUCAGGUCUCAUAGUGAUAUCCUCGUGCCUCUCCCAUCCAUGCCUGAAUAUCAUACUUCCUCAUUUGAUUACCUGUCCCAAGAUUGCAAUAAGCCGAGAAAGUGUGUUGACCAGUCGCUGACACGCUCUCAUAGCUUGCCCUCCUCUCUCGAGUCCAGCAGAAGGUCGUCGCUGGCUGAGUGGCUUGCAAUGCCACGUAAUAGGCAGGUCACUAAGCGAGUGUAUCGCAGGCAACAUUCCCUGGCCCGGCGUGCCUCUGACUACAGAAAGCCAACGCUGGGUCGCGUGCCAAGCUUCCGCCGCCCACCGCCCAGUAUGGUGGCAGUACCGAUUCGCGGAGGGGCGCAAUCAUCGCGGGCCAUCAGAAGGAACGUCACCAGCUCGAUUCCUCUCAACGCCUCUAGCCUCUCAGCGGCGGGUGCACCUCACAGUGUUAGGGCAGACAUCCCCGGCAGUCCGACACGUAGGAAGAGCUGUGGUCCCGCCAUUUACCCUUCGACUCGGUCCACAUCUGUGAUUCUUCAUCAGGCAGGCAUGCCUCCGACGACAGAGGUGGUCGAACUGAAAUCGAAGACAAGCAGUAAGCUCUCAAUGUCACGUCUGACAUUCAUACAUCCAAGGGAGAUGCCAGCCAGGAGAUGGUGCUUGUACGCGGGACGGUGCCGCGUACGUGCCACCAGUUGCCCCGACGUCUAUCUCAGUUAUCAGAGACCCAAUUCGGGUAUGGAGACUCCAUCACUGGAAAGCAUAUCCGAAGAAACCGGCAAAUGGCAUAUGAUGAGAACGAUUGUAAAUUCAGUGACCGGAAUGCUGAACAUGUCGAUGUUGAAAAAUCCAACCUUUUUGCUCUUCUGGCUGUCCAAUGUUAUCCUGUACAUGUGGUACGACAUCCCAUACAUGUACAUAACGGAUCACGCACUCAACAUGGGCAUCGACAGCAGCUUUGCGACUUUUCUCGUCUCCCUCAUCGGUAUAGUCAACACACUCGGUUUAAUCGUGAUGGGCUAUGUCGGUGAUCGACCAGAACUGAGAGCACUGCUGUUGUACGCAGUCUGCGUGAGCAUCAGUGGCGCCAUCACGAUGCUCGUCCCUUUUCUCACCUCUGCGACGGCCCUUGCUGUAUAUGCUUCGUCAUAUGGCUUCUUCAUUACUGUCAACUACGCUCUCACAUCGAUAAUACUCUGUGACUUGCUGGGAGUGGACAGCUUUGCCAGUGCUUAUGGACUCGUUAAUAUGGGACAAGGCAUAGCAAACCUCCUCGGACCACCAUUCGCUGGGUGGCUGUAUGACAUAACUGGUGACUAUCACACUUCGUUCUAUCUAGCUGGCUUUUGUAUCCUGCUGUCUGGCCUCAGUCUGUUUUUCAUGCCAUGUGUACAGAAGGUUACUGCUCGGCAGCAUCGCCUCGCAGCAUCGCGGAUACACGUAUAGAAUGAGUGUUGGCAGUCCAGCCCCUGCUCACUGCCCAUCUGCACCAGAUAUUUUUUUUACAUCUACACUAUAUGGAUCAUAGUUGGUAUUACAGCAACGUUGCAUAGGUCUACCUAGUUCACAUAGUCGCAAUGUAGGUAAGAGUGUGUUAUCGAGUAUCUUCGAGUUUGGCAGGUUUUUUACCUAGUCUACUCUAGCUGUUACCCAAAACUUCUUCAGGUGGUCAAUGGCAUCCUAGAGCCGUGUAGCUACUAAGUCAGCUAAUGUGUUUUGUCGUAUGAUUGCUAUUGUAUUUUUGGAAAAGAUGUGUGACUUAUACACUCGGUAAAAAGUCACGACAACCUGGUAUUACUUAUCAUUUGCCAAGUAAAUUGCAUUGAUUGACAUCAUAUAUUACAUACAAUAUAAAACAGUUGAUCUUGUUUACUUGGCAAAUCUGUGUUUAUAGUGAGUCAAAUGUUGCUGAAUACACAGGCCCGUAGUAAUUGAUGCAUUAAUUAUUGAGAUCUUUUAAACUAUCACUAGUGAUUUAUAUAACGUAUUGUGUAUCAUACAGGUAUUGAAAGAUAUGCUAAAGUCUUUAGGAACUAUAUAGCCAAUAUGGGACCACGUGGAUACAGAUAUCCAUCACGUUUGUGUUAAAGGUGCCUCGUCCCUUAAAUCGUUCUGUCAAACAAAAUCUUGCAAACGUCAAUUAAUGCAUUAAUGAAACUUGCCUUCAUACAUGCACAUGAGUCCGUCCUCGCUUUUGCCUAGGAAGUGAGGACACAAAGAACGGUGUGUUGUGUUCUAGUUGCCACUUCUCAUGUUUCCCAAACAGUGCCGGUGUUUUCACUCACUCAGAUUCAAUUAGCUUUUAAUUUGCCACCAUUAACCGAAACCACACGUCUAGUUGACACUUAAGAGUUGAGAUUUUUGUUUGGGUAGUGUGAUCAUCGUACUAAUUUUCACAGUUUUCCUUAGUGUACCUGUAUAACAUUUACUAAAUGAUUUUAUUAUUGAUUUUACUGUGAUCUGUUAGAGAUUAUUAGCAUUAGAACUACAGGAAAGCACCGUUCACUGUAGGGGGCCUACUGAUAUAACAGCACUUUAUAUGGCAAUUACUUUGCUAUAUCCUUAGCUGUGGCCGAGUCAACUUCCAGUGAUUAUCUCCUUGGUAAACUUCUUCAAUUCAAAGUAUGAAAUGUGAUUUCUUUGCAUAUUUUGCAGGGAGUACUGCCAAAGUCUGUUUUUAGCUCAUCUGACGAAGUCAGAUGCAGCUUGUAGAAUCGCAUGAGUGUCCGUGCGUCC